UGAAGAAAGACAUCAUGUCUCGAGCACGGCAGCCCCCACUUGUUACUGGCAUCUCUCCCAAUGAGGGCAUCUCAUGGACAAAAGUGACAAUCAGAGGAGAAAACUUGGGAACUGGGCCUGCAGACCUCAUAGGUUUAACAAUCUGUGGGCAUAACUGUCUGCUAACUGCUGAAUGGAUGUCUGCAAGCAAAAUUGUGUGUCGAGUGGGACAAGCUAAAAAUGAUAAAGGGGACAUUAUUGUGACUACAAAGUCUGGUGGCAAAGGAACUUCAACUGUUUCCUUCAAACUGCUGAAGCCUGAAAAAAUAGGUAUCUUGGAUCAGUCUGCUGUCUGGGUGGAUGAAAUGAACUAUUACGACAUGCGCACUGAUAGGAACAAAGGGAUUCCCCCCUUGUCCCUACGUCCAGCUAAUCCACUUGGUAUUGAGAUAGACAAAAGCAGAUUUCCUCAGAAAGAUUUAGAGGCACUGUUUCCUGGGAUGAGUGCUGAUUUCACUAGCGAAAACUUUUCUGCUGCUUGGUACCUGAUUGAGAAUCAUUCAACAACCAGUUUUGAUCAGCUCAAAAUGGCAGUUGUGAAUUUGAAGAAGCAAGCCAAUAAGAAAAAUGAGGGGAGUCUAGCUUAUGUGAAAGGAGGGCUCAGCACAUUUUUUGAAGCACAAGAUGCCUUGUCAGCAAUCCAUCAAAAACUGGAAGCGGAUGGAACGGAAAAAGUAGAAGGAUCCAUGACGCAAAAACUGGAGAAUGUCCUGAACAGAGCCAGCAACACAGCAGAUACCUUAUUCCAAGAAGUGCUGGGUCGCAAGGACAAGGCUGAUUCAACGAGAAAUGCACUUAAUGUCCUCCAGCGUUUUAAAUUUCUUUUCAACCUUCCCUUAAAUAUCGAAAGGAAUAUCCAAAAGGGUGAUUAUGACGUGGUUAUUAAUGACUACGAAAAAGCCAAGUCACUCUUUGGAAAGACAGAGGUUCAAGUAUUCAAAAAAUAUUACGCUGAAGUUGAAACCAGAAUCGAAGCUUUAAGAGAACUUCUGCUGGAUAAGCUGCUUGAAACUCCAUCAACAUUGCAUGAUCAGAAACGUUAUAUAAGAUAUCUUUCUGAUCUUCAUGCGCCUGGGGACCCUGCUUGGCAGUGCAUUGGUGCUCAACAUCAGUGGAUUCUGCAGCUCAUGCACAACUGUAAGGAGAGCUAUGUUAAAGAACAAAAAGGCAACUCAUUGCUCCACAGCCCAAUGCUAGACUUGGAUGGUGAUGUGCGUCCAUCUCCAAUUGGCCAUCUCAGUCAAACUGCUUCACUGAAAAGGGGCAGCAGCUUUCAGUCGGGCCGAGAUGAUGAUUGGCGAUAUAAAGCUCCUCAGCAAGUUGUAUUUGUUGACAAGUUGACAAAACUUGUUGUAAGCCAGCUGCCCAACUUCUGGAAACUCUGGAUUUCAUACGUGAAUGGAAGCUUGUUCAGUGAGACUGCUGAAAAGUCUGGCCAAAUGGAAAGAUCGAAGAAAAACGCUAGGCAAAGACAAAAUGAUUUCAAGAAAAUGAUCCAGGAAGUGAUGCACUCGUUGGUAAAACUUAUCCGUGGAGCUUUGCUUCCAUUUAGUCUCAGAGAAGGAGAAUCAAGACAGUAUGGUGGCUGGGAGCUGAAAUCUGAGCUUUCUGGCCAGUGGUUAACACAUGUUAUCCAGACUGUAAGGCUUAGCUCUGAGUCUCUUACUGCCCUUGAGAUACCCAAUGAUAUGCUUCAGAUCAUCCAGGAUCUUAUUUUGGACCUUCGUGUGCGUUGCAUUAUAGUGACCUUACAACAUACUGCUGAAGGUAAUAAAAGGAUUAUCAACUGGGUCCUUGGAGAAACUGUUACUUUUAGGGAACUAGUAAAAGAACACUUAAUGGAUAUUUUCAUGGAACUACCUAUAUGGUUUGCAGAUAUGAUAACCUGUUCUGAAAAGGAAGACUGGGUUGUUGACAAUGAAGGUUUGACAUCUUUGCCAUCUCAGUUUGAACAGUGCAUCGUCUAUUCCUUACAAUCUCUUAAAACUGUGCUGGACUGCAAGCCUGGAGAAGCUAGUGUUUUCCAGCAACAGAAAACACAGGAGGAUGUGUGUCAGCUCAGCAUUGGGAUCAUGCAGGUUUUUAUAGACUGUUUGGAACAACUGAGCACAAAACCUGAUGGUGAUAUUGAUACAGCACAUCUUUCAGUUGAUGUUUCAUCUCCAGAUUUGUUUGGAAGCAUCCAUGAAGACUCAAGCCUUUCUUCAGAGCAAAGGCUUUUAAUUGCACUCAGCAAUUGUCGCUAUCUGGAACGUCAUACAUUCCUAAAUAUAGCUGAACAUUUUGAGAAACAUGGAUUUCAAGGAGUUGAAAAAAUAACUCAAGUUAGCAUGGAAUCCUUGAAAGAACUGGACCAAAGACUUUUUGAAAUGUACAUUGAAGCCAAAGCAGAUCCUAUAGUCGGGUCAUUAGAACCCGGCAUUUAUGCAGGAUAUUUUGAUUGGAAAGAUUGUCUUGUUCCAGCAGGUGUCAGAAACUAUUUGAAAGAAGCAUUAGUGAAUAUCAUUGCUGUGCAUGCAGAGGUGUUUACCAUUUCCAAAGACUUAGUUCCUCGGGUGAUGUCAAGGAUUGUGGAAGCAGUAUCUGAAGAACUGAGUCGACUGAUGCAAUGUGUCUCAUUCUUCAGUAAAAAUGGAGCUUUACAGGCAAGACUUGAAAUCUGUGCUUUGAGAGAUACAGUGGCCAUAUACCUAACACCGGAAAGCAACUCAAGCUUUAAGCAAGCUUUGGAAGCCUUGCCUCAGCUCUCAAGUGGAACAGACAAAAAGUUACUGGAAGAACUACUAAACAAAUUUAAAAGCAGCAUGCACUUGCAGCUGACCUGCUUUCAAGCUUCUUCAUCAGCAAUGAUGAAAACAUAGACAGCGACGCAAGUCAA